GGCGAACAGACGUUCUUUCUCCUCCUAGCAGUCACACAAAAGGAGGGCUGCGGAACUAAAAGUUUCGGGGCCUCCGGCUCCGUGGAUGGAGAAAAGAGAAAACCUGGAGACGGGAUAUGAGGAUCAAUGAUGCAGACUGCUGGGUUCGAUGAAGCUGGGCAUAUAUAACUAGAUUCAUUAAGGAAUACAAAGAAAAUAUUUAAAGGAUCAAUAAUGGUGUCUUCUGGUUGCAGAAUGCGAAGUCUGUGGUUUAUCAUUAUAAUCAGCUUUUUACCGAACACAGAAGGUUUCAGCAGAGCAGCAUUACCAUUUGGGCUAGUUAGGCGAGAAUUGUCCUGUGAAGGUUAUUCUAUAGACCUCCGAUGUCCAGGCAGUGAUGUCAUUAUGAUUGAGAGUGCAAACUACGGUCGGACCGAUGACAAGAUAUGUGAUGCUGACCCAUUUCAGAUGGAGAAUACCGACUGCUACCUCCCAGAUGCCUUUAAAAUUAUGACACAAAGGUGCAACAAUCGAACACAAUGUAUAGUAGUUACUGGGUCAGAUGUAUUUCCUGAUCCAUGUCCUGGAACAUACAAAUACCUUGAAGUCCAAUAUGAAUGUGUCCCAUAUAUUUUUGUAUGUCCUGGGACCUUGAAAGCAAUUGUGGAUUCACCGUGUAUAUAUGAAGCAGAACAAAAGGCAGGUGCUUGGUGUAAGGACCCUCUUCAGGCUGCAGAUAAAAUUUAUUUCAUGCCCUGGACUCCCUACCGUACUGAUACUCUGAUAGAAUAUGCUUCUUUAGAAGAUUUCCAAAAUAGUCGCCAGACAACAACAUAUAAACUUCCUAAUCGAGUAGAUGGUACUGGAUUUGUGGUAUAUGAUGGUGCUGUCUUCUUCAACAAAGAACGAACAAGGAAUAUUGUGAAAUUUGACUUGAGGACUAGAAUUAAGAGUGGGGAGGCCAUAAUUAACUAUGCCAACUACCAUGAUACCUCACCAUAUAGAUGGGGAGGGAAGACUGAUAUUGACCUAGCAGUUGAUGAAAAUGGACUUUGGGUCAUUUAUGCCACUGAGCAGAAUAAUGGAAUGAUAGUUAUUAGCCAACUGAAUCCAUAUACUCUUCGAUUUGAAGCAACAUGGGAUACUGUAUAUGACAAGCGUGCUGCAUCAAAUGCUUUUAUGAUAUGUGGAGUACUCUAUGUAGUCAGGUCAGUUUAUCAAGACAAUGAAAGUGAAACUGGCAAGAAUGCAAUUGAUUACAUCUACAACACUCGACUGAACCGAGGAGAAUAUGUAGAUGUUCCCUUCCCCAACCAAUACCAGUAUAUUGCUGCAGUGGAUUACAAUCCAAGAGAUAAUCAACUCUAUGUGUGGAACAAUAAUUUCAUUUUGAGAUAUUCUCUGGAGUUUGGUCCACCUGAUCCUGCCCAAGUGCCUACUACAGCUGUGACAAUAACUUCUUCAGCUGAGCUGUUCAAAACCACAGUAUCAACCACAAGCACUACUUCACAGAAAGGCCCCAUGAGCACAACUGUAGCUGGAUCACAGGAAGGAAGCAAGGGAACAAAACCACCUCCUGCAGUUUCUACAACCAAAAUUCCUCCUGUAACAAAUAUUUUUCCCCUGCCAGAGAGAUUCUGCGAAGCGUUAGAAGCCAGGGGAAUAUGGUGGCCUCAGACACAAAGGGGAAUGAUGGUUGAACGACCAUGUCCCAAGGGAACAAGAGGAACUGCCUCAUAUCUCUGCAUGGUUUCCACUGGAACAUGGAACCCUAAGGGCCCCGAUCUUAGUAACUGCACCUCACACUGGGUGAAUCAGCUGGCUCAGAAGAUCAGAAGUGGGGAAAAUGCUGCUAGUCUAGCCAAUGAAUUGGCUAAACAUACCAAAGGGCCAGUGUUUGCUGGGGAUGUGAGUUCUUCAGUGAGGUUAAUGGAGCAGUUGGUGGACAUUCUUGAUGCACAGCUGCAGGAACUGAAACCUAGUGAAAAGGAUUCAGCAGGACGGAGUUAUAACAAGGCAAUUGUUGAUACAGUGGACAACCUUCUGAGACCGGAAGCUUUGGAAUCAUGGAAACACAUGAAUUCGUCUGAACAAGCGCACACUGCAACAAUGCUACUCGACACCUUGGAAGAAGGAGCGUUUGUCUUGGCUGACAAUCUCUUGGAACCAACAAGAGUUUCAAUGCCCACAGAAAAUAUUGUUCUAGAAGUUGCAGUUCUGAGCACAGAAGGGCAAGUCCAAGACUUUAAAUUUCCUUUGGGAAUCAAAGGAGCAGGCAGCUCAAUCCAACUUUCUGCAAAUACUGUGAAGCAGAACAGCAGGAAUGGACUUGCAAAAUUGGUGUUCAUCAUUUACCGGAGCCUGGGACAGUUCCUUAGUACAGAAAAUGCAACAAUAAAACUAGGUGGUGACUUUAUCGGUCGUAAUAGUACUAUUGCUGUGAAUUCUCAUGUCAUUUCUGUUUCAAUCAAUAAAGAGUCCAGCCGAGUAUACUUGACUGAUCCUGUGCUUUUUACCCUACCACACAUUGACCCUGACAAUUAUUUCAAUGCAAACUGCUCCUUCUGGAACUACUCAGAGAGAACUAUGAUGGGAUAUUGGUCUACCCAGGGCUGCAAGCUGGUUGACACUAAUAAAACUCGUACAACGUGUGCAUGCAGCCACCUAACCAAUUUUGCAAUUCUCAUGGCCCACAGGGAAAUUGCAUACAAAGAUGGAGUUCAUGAAUUACUUCUUACCGUCAUCACCUGGGUGGGAAUUGUCAUUUCCCUUGUUUGCCUGGCUAUCUGCAUCUUCACUUUCUGCUUUUUCCGUGGUCUACAGAGUGACCGAAACACUAUUCACAAGAACCUCUGUAUCAACCUUUUCAUUGCUGAAUUUAUUUUCUUAGUCGGCAUUGAUAAGACAAAAUACAUGAUUGCAUGCCCAAUAUUUGCAGGACUUUUACACUUUUUCUUUUUGGCGGCUUUUGCUUGGAUGUGCUUAGAAGGUGUGCAGCUGUACCUCAUGUUAGUUGAAGUUUUCGAAAGUGAAUAUUCAAGGAAGAAAUAUUACUAUGUUGCUGGUUACUUGUUUCCAGCCACAGUCGUUGGCGUUUCAGCAGCUAUUGACUAUAAGAGCUAUGGAACAGAAAAAGCUUGCUGGCUUCAUGUUGAUAAUUAUUUUAUAUGGAGUUUCAUUGGACCUGUUACCUUCAUUAUUCUGCUUAAUAUUAUCUUCCUGGUGAUCACAUUGUGCAAAAUGGUGAAGCACUCAAACACUUUGAAACCAGAUUCUAGCAGGUUGGAAAACAUUAAGUCUUGGGUGCUUGGCGCUUUUGCUCUUCUGUGUCUUCUUGGCUUAACCUGGUCAUUUGGGUUGCUUUUUAUUAAUGAGGAGACUGUUGUGAUGGCGUAUCUCUUCACCAUCUUUAAUGCUUUCCAGGGAGUGUUCAUUUUCAUCUUUCACUGUGCUCUCCAAAAGAAAGUACGAAAAGAAUAUGGAAAGUGCUUCAGACACUCAUAUUGCUGUGGUGGCCUCCCAACUGAGAGCCCCCAUAGUUCGGUGAAGGCAUCCACCACCAGAACCAGUGCUCGGUAUUCCUCUGGCACACAGAGUCGUAUAAGAAGGAUGUGGAAUGACACUGUGAGAAAACAGUCUGAAUCUUCUUUUAUCUCAGGUGACAUCAAUAGCACUUCGACACUUAAUCAAGGACAUUCACUGAACAAUGCCAGGGAUACAAGUGCCAUGGAUACUCUACCGCUAAAUGGUAAUUUUAACAACAGCUACUCACUGCGAAAGGGGGACUAUAGUGACAGCAUGCAAGUCGUAGACUGUGGACUAAGUCUGAAUGAUACUGCUUUUGAGAAAAUGAUCAUUUCAGAGUUAGUGCACAACAACCUGCGGGGCGGCAGCAAGACCCACAACCUCGAGCUCACACUACCGGUCAAACCUAUGAUUGGAGGCAGCAGCAGUGAAGAUGAUGCUAUCGUGGCAGAUGCUUCAUCUUUAAUGCACGGGGACAACACAGGCCUGGAGCUCCAUCAGAAAGAACUCGAGGCGCCGCUCAUUCCUCAACGGACUCACUCCCUUCUGUACCAACCCCAGAAGAAAGUGAAGCCCGAGGGAACAGAUAGCUAUGUCUCCCAGCUCACAGCUGAGGCUGAGGACCACCUCCAGUCUCCCAACAGAGACUCUCUUUACACAAGCAUGCCCAAUCUUAGAGACUCUCCCUAUCCAGAGAGCAGCCCCGACGUGGAAGAAGACCUCUCUCCCUCCAGGAGGAGUGAGAAUGAGGACAUUUACUAUAAAAGCAUGCCAAAUCUUGGAGCUGGCCAUCAGCUUCAGAUGUGCUACCAGAUCAGCAGGGGCAAUAGCGAUGGUUAUAUAAUCCCCAUUAACAAAGAAGGAUGUAUCCCGGAAGGCGAUGUUAGGGAAGGACAAAUGCAACUGGUGACAAGUCUUUAAUAGUGUGCAGCUAAGGAAUUCCAGGGGCCACAUGCAAGUAUUAAUAAAGAAAGACUCUGAGGGUCCUUGCAGCCCCCUCCAAGUUUGCUGAAGAGACAGCUCUGUAGACCUGUGGUUCUCUGGUGUAAAAAAAAAAAAAAAAAGAUGACUGAACCUUGCUGUUCUGUGAAUUUUUAUAAAGCAAACAAAAACUUUAUAUAUACACAGAGUAUACUAAAAUGAAUUAUUUGUUACAAAGAAAAAGAUGCCAACCAGGUAUUUUAAGAUUCUGCUGCUGUUUAGAGAAAUUGUGAAACAAGCAAAGCAAAACUUGCCAGCCAUUUUACUGCAGCAGUUUGUGAACUAAACUUGUAAAUAUGGCUGCUCCACUUUUGUAGGCCUGCAUUGUAUUAUAUACAAGACGUAGGCUUUAAAAUCCUGUGGGACAAAUUUACUGUACCUUACUGUUCCUGACAAGACUUGGAAAAGCAGGAGAGAUAUUCUGCAUCAGUUUGCAGUUCACUGCAAAUCUUUUACAUUAAGGCAAAGAUUGAAAACAUGUUUAACCACUAGCAAUCAAGCCACAGGCCUUAUUUCAUAUGUUUCCUCAACUGUACAAUGAACUAUUCUCAUGAAAAAAAUGGCUAAAGAAAUUAUAUUUUGUUCUAUUGCUAGGGUAAAAUAAAUACAUUUGUGUCCAACUGAAAUAUAAUUGUCAUUAAAAUAAUUUUAAAGAGUUUGAAGAAAAUAUUGUGAAAAGCUCUUGGUUGCACAUAUGUUAUGAAAUGUUUUUUCUUACACUUUGUCAUGGUAAGUUCUACUCAUUUUCACUUAUUUUCCACUGUAUACAGUGUUCUGCUUUGACAAGUUAGUCUUUAUUCUUACAUUUAAAUUUCUUAUUGCCAAAAGGACGUGUUUUAUGGGGAGGAAAAUUCUUUGAAGCCAGUUAUGCCAUGCCUUGCACAAAUGCGGUGAAAUCUAGAAAAGAUUGUGUGUUCACCUCUCUGUUUAUUCUCGAACAGAGGGCAGCGAGGGCACUGGGCACUUCUCACAAACUUUCUAGUGAACAAAAGGUGCCUAUUCUUUUUUUAAAAAAUAAAAUAAAACAUAAAUAUUACUCUUCCAUAUUCCUUCUGCCUAUAUUUAGUAAUUAAUUUAUUUUAUGAUAAAGUUCUAAUGAAAUGUAAAUUGUUUCAGCAAAAUUCUGCUUUUCUUUCCAUCCCUUUGUGUAAACCUGUUAAUAAUGAGCCCAUCACUAAUAUCCAGUGUAAAGUUUAACACGGUUUGACAGUAAAUAAAUGUGAAUUUUUUUUCAAGUA